GGGGGCGCCGCUGCUCGCCGGGCCCCCGGAGCCGGUGCCCAGGACGAGGCAGGUUCUGCAUCCGAGCCACCAGCCGGCCCUCUGCAUGGAUGAGGCCAGGCCUCUGCCCUGGGUGGACCCUCAGCCUGCGCCCCCUGCCCUCCCCACCAUGCCCCUAUUCUGCCUCCCGGGGUGCCUGGCCCAAUGUCGGACGCUGUGCCGCACCCACCACCCCGCCCCUCAGAGACCGCUUGUCCAGGCCUCCUCCAGCUCUAGCGCGGUGGGGAAGACGUGCCUGCUCAUCAGCUACACCACCAACGCCUUCCCCGGAGAGUACAUUCCUACUGUCUUUGACAACUACUCAGCCAACGUGAUGGUGGACGGGAAGCCAGUCAACCUGGGGCUGUGGGACACUGCGGGCCAGGAGGACUACGACCGGCUGCGACCGCUCUCCUAUCCCCAGACCGACGUCUUUCUGAUCUGCUUCUCCCUGGUGAGCCCGGCCUCCUUUGAGAACGUCCGUGCCAAGUGGUACCCAGAGGUGCGGCAUCAUUGCCCCCACACGCCUAUCCUCCUGGUGGGCACCAAGCUGGACCUCCGGGAUGACAAGGACACCAUCGAGCGGCUGCGGGACAAGAAGCUGGCGCCCAUCACCUACCCACAGGGCCUGGCCAUGGCUAGGGAGAUCGGUUCUGUCAAGUACCUCGAGUGCUCUGCACUGACCCAGCGGGGCCUGAAGACGGUGUUCGAUGAAGCCAUCCGGGCUGUGCUCUGCCCACCACCAGUGAAGAAGCCGGGGAAGAAGUGCACGGUUUUCUAGAACCCACCUUGGCCGGGGCAAUGAGGAGCAGCUCCUGUGGGCAGUGUCUACUGUUGUGUUGAAGUGUCUGGUGUCCCUGAGUCUGCUGUGGGCCGUGGGGGGGGUGGGGGGAGCAUGGGGACGAGGCUGCCUGGAGGGCACAGGGCUCCCGGCCUCCUCUUUUGGGGUGCGAGGCUCAGCCUUCCCCAUCCCCCAGAGGCCGGGAGGGAGUGGGGUCUCCCUCAGGGCUGCAGGGCCAGGUCCAGGGCAGCCCUAGGGUGGGUUCUCUGAUGGGAGGGCUGGGGCGGAAGGUCUGUCCAUGUGCCUGGGACUGGGACGGUCUGCUCUUAUUUUAUACAAUAAACAUUCUCUACCAACA